AUACAGCACUUGCCGAUCGCGCUUCCAAUGGCAACCUCCGAUGGCUCAGGACGACGAAGAUGAAGAAGAUGAGGACGUUUUGCUGGACGGAGGUCCUCCAUCCCCAGCAUCUCCUGACCGAGAGUCUGACACCCUGCAAGAGCGUGGUGACAAUAUCCGGGUCUUCGUCCGCGUGCGGCCGCUGAAUGCCCGAGAGGAGAGUGCUCAUCUACGUGACAGCAUAUGCGUUGACACCGACACUGGCACAGUGCAUCUCCUUGGGGAGCCCCCAAGGAGCUUUGCCUUCGACGGCGUGCUGGGAGUGUCGGCCUCCCAGGAGGAUGUCUUCCAACUAUUUGGCACCAGCGUGGCGGAAGCAUGCCUCAGCGGGUACAACGGCAGCAUCUACGCGUAUGGUCAGACGGGCAGCGGAAAGACCUUCACCAUGCAGGGCGGGGUGAACUCGGUGCAGUCCAUGCAGCAGGACCCCAGCAGGGGCCUUAUGUGCCGGAUUUUGGAGUUCAUCUUCGACGAGAUCAGUCGAAGACAUCUCAAAGGAGGAAGUGUCCAGCAUAGCUGCAAGUGCUCGUACUUAGAGAUCUACAAGGAGCAGAUCACCGACCUGCUGGAGCCCUCGAGCUAUUUGCAGAUACGGGAGGACAUCAACCGCGGCAUCUACGUGGAACGCCUUAGUGAGCACUCCGUAUGGACGGCCUCCGACGCUUUCCACGUGCUCUGGAAGGGCCUUCACCAGCGGCACGUGGCCUCCACCCAGAUGAACGAACUCAGCUCCAGGUCCCACUCGGUCUUCACCCUGAAGUUGGAAGCUUCCAGCACCACUGCGGGCGGCGUGACCUCCACGAAGGUGGCGAGGCUGAACCUCAUCGACCUCGCCGGCUCUGAGCGCCAGAGCUUCGACCCCCACCAGCCCUCCACGCACGAGAGCCUCAGAGUCAAGGAGGCCGGCGCCAUCAACCGGAGCCUCAGCGCACUGACCAACGUGAUCAUGUCCUUGUCGCAGCGCAGAGCGGGGCAGCGACAGCCUUUCGUGCGGUACCGCGACAGCAAGCUGACCUUCCUGCUUCGGGACUCCCUGGGCGGUAACUCCAAGACGCACAUCGCGGCCUGUGUCAGCCCCUCUGCCAUGUGCUUCGGGGAGACGCUGUCCACGCUGAAGUUUGCAGCACGGGCCAAGCACAUCCGCUGCACGGCGGUCAUGAACGAGGAGUACUCUGGGACGGUGGAGUCCUUGAUGCUAGAGGUGAAGAGUCUCCGACAGCAGCUGGACCUACUUUCCAGUCGAGGGCUGCUCGGGGACGGGGAGGUGGAGGACAUCAUCAUGCAGUCACCGAAGGGGAUGGCUCAACGAGGGGCGAAGGCUGCCAGAGAAGAGGAAGAAGCCCUGGAGGCGCUGGUGUUGGAGAGGCUUGAAGCCGCCGGGUGCAGAGAGGAGCUGCAGUCGCUCUACGGCUCGCGGCGCGUGCGCAGGCUUGAAAUCCUCCUGGCUGCCGCCUUGGACCGGGAGCGGCGCUGCGAGCUGCGGCGCCACAAGAUGGACAAGUACUCCCAGUACUUGAACUACACCCUCGAGAAGAAAGAGACGUACUUCGAUGCUCUUCGUGACUACUUCAGCAGUCUUGUGGACUAUGCCGCCGGGGAGGCGUGCUACUUGCCGGAAUUCACGGCUCGACUGGUGGUGUUCCGGCAGCAGCUCUGCAACGCGUCCACCGACAGCAGCCGUCAGCAAGCCACGGAGAUGUUGGAUGGAACCAUCGAGGCCUUCCUGGACGCAGAGGCAGAUGGCUUGCUGGAUGAUGGCGAUGAAAGCCCCACCGGCAUCCACAUGUCUUCGCAGCGCUGGUUGGCGCAGGAGUUCUCCUCCAAGAGCCGGAGCUACAGCUACGGGCUGCUGAUUGGAGAGGCGGCCAGGCGCAACGGGCGGCGGAGCACCUCGCGCAUGCAGCUGGGCUCGACCGCAGCACUGGCAGGUUCGUCGCUUCCGGAGGGCGAAGGGUCGGAGCAGAGCCACAGCCUGGGAGUUGGAGGACCUUCGGAGCAGCUGGGCGAGCUCUGGGCCGAGAACAAGCAGCGCCAGCUGGAGAGCCACCCAGAGCUCUUCCGGCUGAGCGCGGAGAACCGCCUGCUGCGGGAGCACCUGGCCUCGCUGAAGCAGCAGAAGGCUGCCGCGCAGGAGCCGGAUUUCUUCCAAGGGCGGGGCAAAUCUCAGAGCUCGCAGCCGGAGAAGGAGAUGAGUCUGGCCCGAACCACGUCCCGCUUGCUCAGCGUGGACGCAAAUGAGGAGGGCGACAAGAAGGUCGGAGAAGGCAAAUUUCAAGCGCCGAAGCACUUCCCCGGCAUCGAGGAGGUGACGCACCUCAGCUCCUCGGAUUCCGAGUCAGAGGACCGGCCACGCGAGGCCGGGCUCUUGGAUCGAGGCGUCUAUGCGGAUGCCAACUCCUUCCUUCCGGCAAUGGCGCGACAGGUUCAAGACCUGUUCCGCGUGAAGAACGGCAUGGAGGACCUGUUGCGGCGCCGACUGAGUGCGCAGAAGGCAACCAGCCCAGUGCAAGGAGACCGCUUCAUCCGUGCCAACGUGACCCCUGACCAAGAGGUGGAAGUUGAUCCACAGGAGCUUGCGGAGGCGCUACAAGGUGCCACAGAGGCCCUGCAGAAUGCAGAGGCCAUGGUGGCGAAGGGCGGCUGCGGGGAGCUCUUCGUGGGUGCCGACGAACCCCAUGCGCCGGACCAUGGCCGUCGGUCAGAGGGCAUGGAUGAGCGCGAUGUGUUCCUUUCACUGAUGCGAUCCCUGCCUGGUGAGAGUCAAGCACUCAAUCGACAGGGCUUCGCCGCCUCCGUGCCGCAGCUUGAGCCGAGGCAGGCAGGGUCAAUUUGGCUGAGGCCAUUUGACUCGGAGUCCGAUAGGAUGUCAUCCCUGCGAAGCACGUCUAGCAUCUCUAGUGGAGGCGGGCGCUUGACGCGCAUGAAGUCCACCAUGCAGCUCCAUCGCAUCGUGGAGGCGCCCAGCCUGCAAGAGAUGGCCGAGACGGUGCGCGAAGGCUCUUCUCGCCAGCCGCCCUCUUCUCCCAGCGAGACUCUUCAGCUGGCAGUGCAGCAGGUGCAAAACUUGUGCAAGCAGCUGGAGGGCGUUGGAGAAGUCUACAGGGACGUGAAGGCUCAGCUGGAGCCCAUGCAGCAGGAGUAUUUGAGGAGGCAGGAGGAGUGCCGCUUUUUGGAAGCCCAGUGCCGGCGAUUGGAUGUGCACUGCCGCUUGCUGGAAAACCGUGUCCAAGCGGCAGAGGCGAGCGGCGCACUCCGUGCGCCGCAGCCGCAGCCCUUCAACCCGGAUGCACAGCUUCCGGCGCCAGGCGCGCGGCGGUUCAUUCCCGUGGCGCAGGCGCAGGCGCCGGUUGUGGGUAUGGCUCGUAUGUCCAUCAUGGCUCAUGUGGCCAGUGCGCUGCUGGCUGCUCGAUGGAUAAGUGGCAACCCCACGCCUGUGGCUUUCGCCGAGCCUCCAUUUCUCUCGACGAGGGCGGUGAUCGCGCAGCCUCGAAGGCCUGCGAUGCAGGCGCUACGGGAUGGAGCCCAGGCUUGGUCCAGCUCCUUUGCAUUCCUUUGUGCUGUGACUGCCGCCAAUGGUGUCAAUCACGCCCGUCGAAUCGAAACCCACCGUGCGAAGGCUAGCUGGUGUGUUCUGGGGUCACCAAAGCAGCGAACACCAAAGCAGUGCGCGCGAGGGUGAUUUGCAAAUGCUGAAA